CCUGUUGAAAGAUUCAAAUCAUCUGUUCUGCAGUACGAUGCGUGUAAACAAACAGAAAUCAGCUGGAAGCUGACCAAAUCGGAAUUUAAACAGUGCAAAAGUUACGGAAUAAGUGAAUAAAAAUGGCACAGAUAGCAAUAACUUUGCUAACAAAAGCAAUCGAAUACGACAUGAACGGCCGAAAGCUGGAAUCAUUGAAGCUGUACGAAGAUGGAAUUGAGGCGUUGCUCAAGGAAUCUAAAGCCGAGACAGAUCCAAAACGGAAGCAGCAUUUUCAGAACAAAAUCCUCGAAUACAUGAACCACGCUGAAAAGGUGAAAGAACUGAUAUCGCGAUGGAAGAGUAGAGGAGAAAUCCGGGAUCAGAUUCACGUUGUGGAUGGAGCAACUGGUUACAGCUACCACAGGGUGUUUGGAAAAUAUCUAUCGGAAGAGGUGAAGGAAAUUCUCAUCGAGGAACCUUAUGUUCGUGAACACCAUCAGAUUUGCAAUGUCGUGAUGUUUUGUGAACUUGCCGUGAGUAGUUGUAGAGGUUUGAAGUUCAUCAAAUUAUUAACUGUGCGCGAACAGAAAAAUAACGACGAACAAGGGAGAGCGUUUCAAACGCUGAGAGAAAGUUUGAAGAAGCAUGGGAUCGAACUUCUUGUGGAGUAUUCUGCCCAUAUGCACGAUAGACAAAUAAUGCUUAGUAACGGGUAUGUGGUCAAAAUAGGACGAGGAUUAAACUAUUUCAAACCAACACCGAGCAAAUACUGUCUAGGAGCUUUCAACUAUCACUACCGAGAGUGUAGAGAAACUAAUAUAGAUGUUUUUUAUUGUCCCGAAAAUAAUAAAACCUGAAAGUAUAUUGUA